UCGUCUUCGCCUCUGUAAAAGCCUCCAUUCAAAUUCUUCCGCCACUGAAAUCCGCCCAAGAGAUAAGAAGAUGAGUAUGUUCAAGCUCAAUUCCCUCAACUCGCUGCGAGAUCUGAGGCACCUCCACGCUUCCCAAUCCGCCGGCGUCAGAGCGCUCACCACCUGCUCGUCAUUAAUCCUCAAACAGUCGAACCCACUUCUCUCCCCCUCUCCGUCGCCGUCUCCCUUCGCACCGUCGCACAAUCUGCUCGCCAUUCGGAACUACCGGAGCAGCCGCGAUCUCAGAAACUAUGGGAUUACGCCUCCCAAGAAUUGGGGCAUUCGGAUUGUGCCUGAGAAGAAGGCCUUUGUGAUUGAGCGGUUCGGAAAGUAUGUCAAGACUCUGCCUUCUGGAAUCCAUUUCUUGAUUCCGUUUGUGGAUAGAAUCGCUUAUGUGCAUUCACUGAAAGAAGAGGUCAUCAAUGUUCCUGACCAGUCUGCCAUUACCAAAGACAAUGUCGCCCUUAUGAUUGACGGUGUGCUUUACGUUAGGAUUGUGGAUCCUAUGCUGGCCUCCUAUGGAGUUGACGAUCCUAUUAAUGCAGCUAUUCAGCUUGCACAGACUACCAUGCGUAUUGCUAUCGGGAAAAUCACCCUUGACAAGACAUUUGAGGAAAGGGAAUCCCUCAAUGAUGAGAUUGUGACAGUUCUCAACAAGGCUGCGUCAGCUUGGGGGUUGGAGUGCCUCCGCUAUGAAAUCAAGGACAUAACUCCUCCUCGUGCAGUGAGGGAAUCUAUGGAGAUGCAAGCAGAAGCAGAACGCAAAAAGAGAGCUCAAAUUCUUGAGUCUGAGGGAGAAAGGCAGGCCAACAUAAAUAUUGCAGACGGAAAGAAGAGUGCUAUAAUUUUAGCAGCAGAAGGAGAAGCGCAAUCCAUUCUUGCUAAAGCGAAUGCAACAUCUCGAGGAAUUUCCCUUGUGUCAAAGACUCUCAAGGAAAGUGGGGGUGCAGAGGCAGCUGCUUUGAAAAUUGCUGAGCAGUAUGUUGAUGCCUUUGGUAAUAUCGCGAAACAGGGCACAACAGUGUUGCUUCCUAGUGCUUCAAAUAAUCCUGCUGGCAUGAUAUCUCAAGCCUUAAGUAUCUACAAAAGCUUGGUUAACAAUCCUUCCACCCUUGGAUCAAUUGGAGGCACGCACAGUGACGAUGCUUCCUCAGAAGGAUCUGAUCACGGUGUUCGAAUGAUCGAGGAGACAAAGAAUCAAGAUAAUGCGAAGGAAUCAGGAUUUUCGCUUCAGAACCGCAAAAAAGGAGCAUAGAGUUUGACUUCUCUCGGUUGUUUGCCAAUUCAACCAGCUACUGGGUUCUUUCACACUAGACAUUUUUCAUCGUAGGAUGCUUCAUUGUUGUUUUAGCCGGAAGGUACGACGUGUCCACUUAAUAUGAGCUGUGAUUAACUAAAAGGGUGUCUAAAUGUUUGCAAUGAGAAUGACAGAUGCCAAAUCAUAUAAGGGAACUGAAAAUUUUUGGGUUGGAACUCA